GAUAUUUUCCUUCUUAGCAAAUAUCCCACUUAAAGAUACAGUGUUACUAUUGUAACUAACAUGCAAAUGUAGUGCUUUGUUUUAAAAGAUGGUAACAUGGGUGGAAAGCUGUGUUAGCCAUUUUCAGGAUUUUUCAGUUCAGAGCUAAAUAUAAAAGAUGGACAUAACAAACAGGAUUUGUCAAUGGGAUUGAACUGAAUUGUUUUUUUGUGGAAAUAAAAUAUGAGGAACUUUAAAAUGGUCCUGUGGACAUUUUACUUUGGCAGUGCAGUAAGUGGAUUCUACUUUGAUCAGUCACUCUACCAGCUUCAGUCUCACAGCUAAAGCACUGGCACCCGAUCCUCUCAACAUGUCUUCCAUUGAGGAGACAGAACCUAUGGCCUUGGUGCUGGGAUGUUAUUGUUGGUUGGUUGGCGCUGCAGGGAUGGAGAUGACCUAUGGUACCCAGAGUUUUUUAAGAUAUACUCCUGCAACACUGAAAAAACAUAGGUGGUGGUAGCGAUAUGACUAAUGUCAUACAACUACAGUAUAACCUUACCGCUCAUCCUCUGCAAUUACAUCUGCACUUGAUUAGUGAGAGAGUCUUGUCAGUUACAUUUCCUAUUCAUAUGGAGAAAUGUGAUUUUUUUUUUUUUUUUUUUUUUUUUUUUUUUUGCUUGCCAUUUGAUCAGUUUGUUUACUCCCUUUUAGAGCUUUGGUGUGACAAUUGGCGUUUGGACAACUUUGGAUCAUUGGCCUACUGUUAGUUUCUAGACAAAUGGUGCAAAAGUUGGUUUGCAUUGAGGAUGGAUUGAUAACCUUUUUUAGCCAUAAGGUGAACUUUUAAGUAGCUUUUUCUUACUUCAUAAAAUUUCUUCGAGUCCAAUGUUUAUUGUUUUUUUUUUCCUACUGAUUAACUGAGCACUUUCUUCCUUUAAAGAGAUAGUAUUGACCAAUCAAUCACCUUUUUAUCUUAAAGUUACUUUACCAAGAGGGAUAAUACUCUGACCAUUUGUUGUACUUUCAGUCCGCUUUAAACCCACCAUUUAAUACAAAAGUAAACAGUGUUUAAGCUGACACAUUACUUGCGAACCUGAAAUCAACAGGAGCCCAGGGGCAGAAGGGGGUGGGACACUGUGAAGCUGUGAAAGGUGAAUCAGCCUCCACCUUUGUUUCCAAGAGGCCCCGCUGGCUUUGUUUUGAACCAGAAUGAAUUAUUAACGGUGGCCUUCUGGUCAUGUUUUUCAUCAGUGGGCCUAACACUAAAGGUGAAAAACUCUGCUGAGUGAUCUCCAUUGACUAGCUCUUUGAUGACGACAGCUGAACUGUCCACUUAAAGUGUACUUUCUUUUGUCACUUGGUAUUUUUAAUUUUCUUAUAUCAUUAAAAAAAAGUUCUCGAAGGUUCAUAGUAACAACAUGUAAAACCUAAGCAAAGAGGAAAAUGUAAAUGGGAGGACACCCAUCUGUUUAAUUUCAACAGUCUUUUUGGCUAAUGCAUUUCUAAAUGGUUUCUGUACAAAAAAAACCCAGGAAAAAUGGAUCUAAAAGAAGAUCCAACUAUUAUGACAUCUGUCCAAUAUUAUAAACCUUUUGAAUAACAUUAUGAUCUCAAUUAUUUCAAACUCAAGCUACAUUACUGUAACUUUUUCCUUUCAUUUUUGGUGAGAAUUUUUAUGCAUUAGCAUAUACUGUGGUAAUAAGUUGUAAUAUUAGACAAAUAUGCAGGUAAAAUGGUUUAGUGAAAUGUAGUUUUGUAAUAUUUUUUGGAAUUUAAUAAGAUCCUCAGACCUUAACAUUGGUUAAAUGUUUUCCACCCAUCUUUGUUGCCAAUUAUCUGUCACAAUAUCCCUUUUAUCAUUUGCUGGUCAGAGGGUGCUCCCAACUGGCUAAAAAGCCUGGCAACUGUAACCAAGGUGACAUAACUGUGCCAAGCUGUUGAAUAAAGAAUACAUUAAGUAAAGCUACUUGAUGGUAGAUUUAUAGAAGGAUAAUUCUUUCUCUCCUUUGCCAAAAGAGUGACUAAUUUUGUAUUCACUAAAUUAAUUAUUUUUUGCUGAUAUGGUUGUGCGUUUGUGCAAUAGAUGGAAAUAUAUGGAGAUGAGAGUAAAGCAAAGAAAGAAAAAGCUGGGAGGAAUCUGUUUUUAAAGUAACAAAAUUUACAAAAUGAUGUGAUAUUGAGAGAGACAAGUGAUAUAUGAGAAGUAUGGUACGUUUCCAAAUUUGCUUCUGGUGGGAAAAAAAAGGUUUAAGAGACAGGAUAAAGUGCCAGGGUGCCUCAGGUGCAGCUGGGAGGAGAAGAGGCAGGACAAUCAAUGAAAAAAAGAAGGAGGGUUUAUGUGUCGGUGUGUGUAUGUGCAAAAAAAGAGAGAGAAAGACUUGAGUGUGCAAGCUAAAGAGACAGUGUGGCGAGGAAGGGAGGGUGGGAGGGAAGUGCAAGCCAGGCACAGCAUCGCUUCUCUCUGCACCAGGGCUGAGGGACUCUUCGUCCCGUCCUUCCCUCGCUGCAGAUUUUUCUCACUUCCAUCAGUGAAGUCAUUACUAUAUGUUUAUAUAUUUUUACCCUCACACGCUGCUUCGGACAUAUUGCAUUGUCCUGCAUGAGCCACCCAUGCCAGGAUCUAAGGAUUUAUUUACUGAGAACAUGGACUGCCAUUUUUGUCUAUGGUAAAAUGGGCUCUGUUCAAAGGAUGCUGCUUGUAAGUGGGACCUGAUCUCUUCUUUAUGAUGCUCCAGUGGAUUCCAGUGUUUUUAAGUUGCUAGUGUUAUGUCGGAGUAAGACAUUGAAGUGGGGAAGAAUGUAUGAUUCCACCUGCUUAAAACUUGAAAAACAUGAAAAGAACAAGUUAUAAAAUGUAAGACGGCAUCAAAACACCUGAGAAAAAAAUAUUGAACCACACAAACCUUUGCUAGAUCUUCAGAAUGUCACAAGAGACAACAAAACUAAAAAUGAUUGGAUUGAUUGCUUUUUUGUUGUUAUUUUCAAGCUCCUAAAUUGUUUGCCGGAAUUGCCAGGAUUGCCGGAAAGUUGGAGUGAGUGGAGCACUGAGUUUAUCAGCUGGCCUCACAUUUCUCCUGGAGAUUCUUUUCACCUGCUUGGAUGCAACCCUGAUUUUUCAUCCUUUCAUCUACAGCUGAUUAUUAAAACUUCCUUUUCUUUUUUGCAAAAUCUUCUCCCUAAGGCUGAGACCAAUUUAGAGAUCUUCGCCGGAAUACAAGACCACUUCAUCCAAAGGAUUUACCAAGACAUUUUUUAAUUGUCAAACUAAAGGAUCCUACAUUUUUAUUUUCUCUCGUUGCCAUGAGUGUUGAGAGGACUGUGACAUUAUCUCUUGUGGAGAUCUUCUUGUUGUUCUAGUCAGUGUCUGUGUUUUGAUUCAGACAAUAGCUGGGAAUACAUGGGAUCCCGACACUGACCAGAGGACUACAAAAAUCAUAAACCCCGACUACACAAAAAACAAAUUGGCAACCCAAAAAGGUGAAUUGAUGGAUUUAAUAAAAAAAAUGUAAACUGUAUUUAAUAGCAUAUCUACAGACACUUUUUGGGUGGUCUAAAAUGCUUUUCGAGCAUUAGCUCUCUCUCAAAAUGCAUCUCUUCAUGUCUACAACUUCAGAAAUAUACUGCUUCAUCCAUCGUGUUUAUUUGUCAAGAAAGAAGAGCACUGGUUUUUGCUUAAAGCUUUAACCUUUUGUGGCCUCCUUUCUCACAUCUUCUAAGCUUAUAUCCUCUACCUCCUGGUGGCAACUCUCAUUAAAAUCAUGCGAUGAGGCCUCACACAGGGAGGCAAAGCAGCAGGGAUACUCACCUUUGGGAUAGAUACUGGCAACAGCACUAAAGCUUUACCACUUUUGGUUCACUGAAGGAAUAACACUUUUUUCCCCACAACCCCAGACGCUAUCCAUCCACUUUUUCCUCUAAGCAUGUUUGAUUGGAAAAUAGAGCUGAAAUGGUUGUCCUACCCUCCCUGAGGUUUUAUCAAUUUCCUCCAGUCAAUGAUCAUUUGAUUGGGAGCCAGCGAUGUAAGAGUAAAGCAAGAACAGGCUUGAGUGUGUUUGGGAGAAUGCUCAGCUUUGAGAACUGAGGCUGGCUGCAAACCUUGGGGGAAAAAAAACCAAGAGGAGACUUGCAGUUGUUCAGUUUCUCUACUGCUUCUUUAAGGAUUAUACACAACAACACUAUCAGGUUUGCAGCCACAAUGAACCAGUCUGAACUGACAUCCGAGCAGAUUCUGACAGCAAACAGCAGCCGCGGAGACCUCUUUUCCGGCAGGACAUCCAACCACUCAUGCCCCUUAGGCUGGGGGCUGAGGGAAGGCCUGGACGCUUGCAUUCUGGAGACUGUUGUCAUUGUACUCCUGACUGUUCUCAUCAUUGCAGGAAAUCUGACAGUGAUUUUUGUUUUUCACUGUGCCCCUCUCCUGCACCACUAUACCACUAGCUAUUUCAUCCAGACCAUGGCCUAUGCUGACCUGCUGGUGGGACUCAGUUGCCUUGUUCCCACCUUGUCUUUACUUCACUACCCAGCAGGUGUACAAGAACCAAUUACAUGCCAGGUUUUUAGCUAUGUUAUCUCUGUCCUAAAGAGUGUAUCAAUGGCAUGUCUAGCCUGCAUUAGUGUGGACCGUUAUUUGGCCAUAACCAAACCACUAUCCUACAACCAGCUGGUGACACCAUGCAGGUUAAGAGGCUGCAUUGCCCUUAUCUGGGUCUACUCAAGCAUGGUUUUCCUGCCCUCCUUCUUUGGUUGGGGUAAGCCAGGAUAUCAUGGGGACAUUUUUGAGUGGUGUGCUCACUUUUGGCCAACCUCUGCCCUAUUUACAGGGUUUGUGGUGUGCUUGCUUUAUGCACCUGCUGCACUUGUAGUCUGUUUCACUUAUUAUCACAUCUUUCGUAUUUGCCAACAACACAACAGAGAGAUUAGUGAACGACGAGCACGCUUCCCAAGCCAAGAAAUGGAGGCUGAAGAAGGAAAUGGAGGUGGGCAUCAAGGAGGGCAUGGACCCGAUCGGCGCUAUGCCAUGGUGCUUUUUCGAAUCACUAGUGUUUUCUACAUCCUUUGGCUACCAUACAUAAUCUACUUUCUUUUGGAAAGCUCACAUGUCUUAAAUAUACCUGCGCUUUCCUUUAUUACCACCUGGCUGGCUAUUAGCAACAGUUUUUGCAAUUGCGUCAUCUACAGCCUGUCAAAUAGCGUUUUUCGACUGGGAAUGCGCAGGCUGUCACAGACUAUGUGCUCUUUCAGCCAUUGUGCUGCUGAUGACAGAGACUUUGGGGAGCAUAAACCUAGGAAGAGGGCAAAGUCAUGCUCCAUUUAAAGGAAUUACUCAUGAGGAUUGAACUGGAAUUCUAAAAAUUAAAAAGAUGUCCUGCUUAAGUAGCAGCUAAACUGGGAUUGCCGAAAAUGUUUUUUCUUACAAAAGGAAAGCUGGACACAUCUGUGUUUUUCCCUGUAUUCCAAAUAUUAUAGACUAAUGUUCAAGUUUUUUUUCAUUUUAUGCUGAAAUCCAGGUCAAGAAAAGUGGUGAAAGUAAAAAUAACAGAUCUUAAAAGAUUUACAAAGCACUUGUUUAACUUCAACCGUUUUAACAAAAAUGUGACAAUGCUGCUUCACUCUUCUUAUUUUUUACUGUGAUUUUGAUCAACCUUUAACUGGAUGUCUUCCUUGCUUCUUAAGUGUGUUUUAUAAUCCAAGGUUAUGUGGUCUUAAUUGUACACUCUCUUUUAAAGUUUAACAUGAGUAUUAAACUUCAAAACUUCAAAAUGAUCAUGCCUACUAAUGUUGCUAAUAGAUGGUAGGCCGUGUACAGCCAAAGUUGCUUUGAAGGGAAAUUGAGAAAGUUUUUUCUUCUCUAAAUGUAUUGCAUAGAAAUUACAUCAGGGGCCAUACUACUUAAUUUCUACAGAUCGUGAAGUUGCCAAUGUUAAUAGUUGAAAUCGGAAAGAAACCUAUAACAUCUAUAAGAAAACUCUAUAAAAGGCAGUAUUGAUGGUUAUGAAUACUGUCUUGACAAAACAUUUGACAAAGGAUAAUAGUUUAUUCUUCAUGAGGGAUAGUUUAUUCUUUAGGGAGUGUUAACUUUUCAAGAAAAUAUAGUAUAAAAGAAUUGUAAAUUUAAACUGUAAUGGACAAAAUUUUACGUAUUUUAAAGUGUAAGAUAUUUGGCCACCAAACUGAUGUUGUUCCUUUAAAUUUAUUUUAAGGAUUCUGAUUUGAAGUUUGAACUUCUCACUUUUGAAUCUUGUAAACCGACAUCUUUGAGACACAAACAUUAGGCAUAAUAUUAUCUACAGCAUUACUGGAAAAAAUAGAAAGAUUUAUUGAUGUUUAUUUAAUUUUUAUUUAAUAUUUAUUUAUUGAGGGUGCUGUUUUUUGUGAAAUUUUUUUUUUUUUUUUAGUGCUGCUUUUGUACCCACUUACCAAUUUAGCCACUGAAAAUAGUAACCCCAAUUUAUUAAGUUCUGCUAGCUUGGGGUGGGUUUUACUUCUCAGAGGAUCAGAAAAGUCUUAGAAACUUAAUCUGUAGUUUUUUUUAUUUUUAUUUAUCUCUGUACGGUUGAUAUGAACAACAAUAAAAACAAAAAUGCAUUUAUGAAAACUGCUUUGGGAAAAAUAUAGGGUAAAAUUAGAAUUUGCUAGUAGGAAUAGACGGAACAAACUCUAUGGUAAAAAGAAAAAAUGUAUAGUUGAUUGUAAAGAUCAUACAUGAGAUGUGCUGCUAAAGAUGUAUUGUUUUUCUUUUAUUUACGUAAAUAAUUUUCAGAAAAGUCAUGGUUUUGUGACGAUAUUGAGAUUUUCCUUUAUACCAUAUUUUCUGGAGUAUAAGUCGCAGGAGCCAAAAAACGCAAAAUAAAGAAAAAAAACACAUAUGUAAGUCACUACGCAGUUAAGUUGCACUUUUAUAAGAGAAAAGUCCAACAUUUAUAAACAAAUUGGCCAAGCCCAGCAUAACGCUGCGAUUUGUUUGGUGUGAACACGUCUGCUGCCUCUUGACACGAAUCAUUUUUAAUGUUCAAUGCUCGUCCAAAAAUGUGUUCAUAAACUAGACGCUACCAUUGAGAAGCUACUGUCUAACGUUUUUAGCUUAAUCACUACAAGGAGGCUUUGACUGCAUAUCUCGUUUAUAAUGCACGGAACGGAAGAUCAGGAUGAGGUUGAGAGAUGAAGUUUAUUUAUUCUGAAGAACUCUACAAAAGGCACGGAUAAUCAGUUCUCUAUCUGUAGGUCUUUUCUUUUUUUUUCUUAAGACGAUCAUUACGUUCUAUAUUGCAGGAGCUACCUCUGAAUAAUGGUGUAUUUAGCUGUUCUUCUGUCUGUGACCCGCUUUGAUGACUUGCUGUCCCACGUUAGUCGAAAGAGAGAAAAAAUAAAAGCAAUAAUAAUAAUAUUUAGAUGUAAAAUAGAAAAUCAUAACAUUCAGGAGGAGAAUGAUCAAAUUCUCCUCCAUGUUUGUUUUGGACAGCACUUCUUCUGCUUUGCUGUCAGCAGCAAGUACAGAUACAUGCUCCUACAGUGCCAUCAAGCGGUUUUUUGUAGGGAAACAACUGCUAAGGAGGUUGUUAGUGGAAAAAUAACAUAUAUAUAAUUUGUGAUUAUUAUUUUUAUAAUGUUUUAAAAAAUUACAAAUAUGUCGCUACUGAGUACAAGUCACACUCCUGGUGAAUCUAUGAAAACAAAAUGUGACUUAUACUCCAGAAAAUAUGGUACAUUCAGAAGAUUAACAUUUUUACAGCCACUUACAGAACACUUUUGAUUUGUUUUUCCCCCUUUAUUUGAUUAGAAUAAAACAAUAUAACAAUUAUUUUUGGCUAAUAAAUGUCCCAGGUUGAUUUAUAAUCGAUUGAACCAAAUAUUUUCGCACGUCCCAAUAAAGUUUUUAUCAUGCAGCUCUCAUUACGUUACUCUGUAUUUGUGCCUAAGGACAGAUCAGAUUUCUCAAAGUCGUGUGUGUUCCCGCUGUUUCUAUACAGGUACCUGCCAUAUAUUGUAUGAGAAGUGAUAGAGGGCAUGCACAGCAAACCUUGUUUUAUGCCCUCUUUUUGCCUUUUGGAAUGUAGUAUUGUGUAACUGUUGGUGGAAUUCAUAUAAUCUGUUCUUUAAAGUCACCUCAACAGGGGAACAAAAUAUGCCAAGUAAAACUAAUAUAAAAUGUGAAAUUGUUACAACUUCUGUUCUGUUAUUUCAGAUGGCCUUUAUUGGUUUGAAGGUGCACAAAUAUAAAAGGAAAAAAAUCGAAUGCAAUUUAUUUGUUUCAAGGUUUCCAUACAGCAUAUAUCUAUAUAGCUCAGAAAAUCUAAUAUACAUUCUAUAAAUAUUUUAGAAAUUAAAUUGUUGAUUAGUCUGUAUUGCGUUGAACCAAGCUGAAGUGGUAGUAAAAUGGAAAAUGUAUAUUUAUUUAAAAAAAGUAAAAUUGCUUAAAGUGCAGUGAUAGGAACUUUUACGUACAGAUAAAAUUAGAGAACAGGGAAUAUUUGCCAAUGAAGUUGUGUAUAAACAUUUACACAGUGUACUGUAUAUGGUAAAGCUGUAUGUAAAGUAUAUGUAGCUGUUCUACAUAAAACAAUUUUUCCCCUUUGAAAAAGAGAAAAAAUACUGCACUGAAUGUGCACUCAAUGACUCCACCCCUGUUGAAUGGUAACGUAUUAGCUAGAUACAAAGUGUAUUAAAUUAGACUAUCUAUUUUUUUAUUUCAAAGUUUUGUUAAAUACUGGUUUUGCUGUUGAUGCUGACCUAAUAAAGGUGAAACUUGUUAAUUUA